AUGAGGCCACUGCGGAGCUGGAGAAAGAACCGAGGCAUCACCCUGGGACUCUUCGCUCUCUGCCUGGCCGCAGCUCGCUGCCUGCAAAGCCAGGGAGUAUCGCUGACCAUUCCACAGCCUAACAUCAACGCCACAGUGGCCCAAGACAUUCUACUCUCAGUUGAGUAUUCAUGCCAUGGAGUGCCUACCAUUGAGUGGAAGUACACAUCUUACUGGGGGAUGCAAAAAAUCGUGGAGUGGCAACCUGGAACCCAAGCCAACAUCUCCCAAAGCCACAAGGAUCGAGUCUGUACAUAUGACAAUGGUUCAAUUCAGCUCUUCAGGGUGGGUGUGAGGGACACCGGCUACUACACAGUCACUGUGACCGAAGGACUGGGAAGCAGCCAGUUCGGUAUUAUUGUGCUACACGUGUCUGAGAUUCUCUAUGAAGAUCUACAUUUUGUAGCAGUCGUCCUGGCUUUUUUGGGUGCCAUGGCCACGGUGUUAAUCAGUCUCAUGUGGGUCUGUAACAAGUGCUCAUACAAAUUCCAGAGGAAGAGAAGACACAAACUGAAAGAAAGCACAACUGAAGAGAUUGAGCUGCAAAAUAUUGACUGUUAGCCAAGUCUGAACUGAAGGACAUUACUACCUCAAAAGAAAAAAAAAAAGACUUGAUUUUAAAUGAAACAAGCAAACAAAACUAAGCAUCCACCCCUGCCACCUUCCACAGCUUGAGCAUGUUUUUGGACAGAUCUUUUUCACAGGACGGAACUUCAUCCCUGUUGAGUGAUCCAAGGACACAUGAAAAUUCACAGGUCUGACCAAGGGGAAGGAGAAGGACCCUGCAUGAAUAGGGCAUCAAUCGAUUCCUACCCUUAAGCUGAAAUCUUAUGGAAGGUCAUGUUGGGGUUUAAACAAGUGAGUCACUGCUUUUGCAACAGAAUUUGAUCCAAGGACUCCACUUGGUUAUAUCUUCAGUCCAAUAAAGGUCCAUAGACAGCAUCCUCUGAAGGAAAACAGCAAACUAAGAUGGAAAAGCGGUGCUAAGACAUGGACAGCCCCAUGCUAACCCUCCUCAUGCUAU